AUGAAUGGUGAAUAUACUUCUCAGUACCUUCAAACGAAUGGAAAUAGUCCCUUCACGGAAGCUGUUUCACAGCAAAUGAAUAUUAGUUAUGAAACGCAACAACACCACUCUACUCUCCCCUGGAUGGGUUCCGAUCAGCAACUUGCUCUCAAUCACACAAUGAUUUCAGGAGCUACAAUCGCACCACCGACGACUUUGAAUGCUUCUAACGUUGUCACAACUCCAUCCAAACCUCUUUAUCAUGCAUCAAACUCUGAAACAAAUAAUAACUUUGUACAAGCACCGGUUGUCGGUUCAAACGUCAGGAAACCGAAUACCGUUAAGCAGGAAAGUAGCGCAAUUACGAAUGCAGACACGCCUGUUACAACAAUUGGAGGAAUCAUGAUUGGAUCAAAUAACAAUAGAUCUCCGGAAUAUGUCGACUAUACCCAAAAAUGUGUGCAAGUGAUACUUGAGAUAAAUUACGAAUUGAUUCGUGUAUGUAUUGAUUAUCAAAGUAAUGGAUCGGUUAAUGACCAAGAUCUUGCAUUGUACAAAUCACGUCUUCAAGGCAAUUUAUCAUACUUAGCAACUGUUGCAGAUGAGUAUAAUGGAAACCCUCGUAAUGAAAUAAAGCAAAAGGUGAUCCCUGAUUUAUCCACUUUACCAAUACCUCGUAGUAGCUAUGGACAAAAGAUAAAUACCCUUCUUCAGCGAGCUGUUCAGGUUUUCGCUCAAAAUAAAAAAUAUCAUAGAGCAAUACCUGCAAAUUCUUCCACCGUUAACAACAAUGUUUCUAACAUUAACAAUAUUUCUAGUACGUUAUCGUCUAGUCAAAUGUUGGAUCCAACAUAUCAACAACAACAACACACCAAUUCUCAACAUCAGAACAUGGUGGCAACAAGUAAUAUUUCUGAUUAUUCGAUGAUGAAUGCAACAAAUCCAGAACAAUCAUAUCCGGUGUCGUUACCACCUUUGGGAAACAUAUCAAUUGGAAAUACGGGUGUCGGGAACGGAGGUAAUGGUAAUGCACAGGGAUCAGGAAUACUACCUUCUAUUGCUGGACUGGGAGAUCAAUACGGAAUGCCAACAGCUCAACAACAGCAGCAGCUUCAACAGUUACAAAAUGUUGGAUUUGCUGGAUUCGGAGGUACUGGUGCAGGAAUAAGUGGUACUGGAUUUGGUCCCGCAAAUACUUUUAGCAUGAUGCGAUACCCAAGUACCGGUGGAAAUGGAAUGGGAAAUGGUUCAAUGACUGGAAAUUCAUUGUCUAGCACUGUAUUAAGUGGUGGGAAUAGUUUAUCCAAUAGUCUAGGAAAUAACAAUAUUGGAAUUAAUGCUAUUGGUAGUAAUAGUUAUGGAAGUAAUACCAUUGCAGGAAAUACAUUAGGUUUACCAAGUAUGAUGAAUCAUGAUAAUAGUAUGGGAUAA